GCGAGCUUGGCAGAUGUUAGCUGGAAACUCCUGGAAUUCAAAGCCCGGUCAAAAAGAUCAGAUUUGUGAUUUAGCUGAGAGAGACGAUUGGCCUUAAUCUCAACCUUUUGAGAAUGGCCGCCUCAGUGGCCACAAGUGCCCAGCCUCGUCGGAAAGUUCAUAGAAUUGGUUCCAUCUAUGAACCUCUUAAGCUGUCCAAUCUCCAGCGUGAGGAUGAGCCCCUGUGGGAGAAGCUGGACCGCUACUACAAUGCCGUCAAGGCAACUAUCCUGAACUACCAGAGUCCCACUACUGGUCUUUUCCCAGUCAAAACAUGCCCCAACUGCAAGGAGGCCAAGGUCCGCGAUUCCCUGUACUGUGCUGCUGGUGCCUGGGCCUUGGCUAUGGCCUACCGACGCAUUGAUGACGAUAUGGGGCGGACUCAUGAACUAGAGCAUUCUGCCAUCAAGUGCAUGAGAGGAAUCCUCUACUGUUACAUGAGACAGGCUGAUAAGGUGGAGCAGUUUAAACAGGAUCCCAGCCCCUCCAAGUGUCUGCACUCAGUGUUUCAUGUAGACACUGGUGAUGAGGUGUACUCCUACGGCGACUACCACCACCUGCAGAUCGAUGCUGUUUCUCUGUUUCUGCUGUACCUGGUGGAGAUGAUCUGCUCCGGCCUGCAGAUAAUUUACAACACUGAUGAGGUUUCCUUUAUCCAGAACCUGGUGUUCUGUGUGGAAAGAGCCUACAGGGUGCCUGACUACGGCAUGUGGGAGAGAGGCAGCAAAUACAACAACGGCAGCACCGAGCUGCAUUCCAGCUCUGUCGGCCUGGCCAAAGCUGCUCUGGAGGCCAUCAAUGGAUUCAACCUGUUUGGAAACCAGGGCUGUUCGUGGUCAGUGAUAUUUGUGGAUCUGGACGCCCACAACAGGAACAGGCAAACCUUGUGCUCCUUGCUGCCCCGAGAGUCUCGCUCACAUAAUACAGACGCAGCCUUGCUUCCAACCAUCAGCUACCCUGCCUUUGCAGUAGACGACGAUGCUCUCUAUAGUCAGACACUGGACAAGAUUGUCCGCAAGCUGCGGGGCAAAUACGGCUUCAAGCGUUUCCUCCGUGAUGGCUACCGCACUGCUAAUGAAGACAAGAAUAGACGCUACUACAAACCUGCUGAAAUGAAGCUUUUUGAUGGAAUCGAGUGCGAGUUUCCCAUAUUUUUCAUCUACAUGAUGAUUGACGGGGUGUUCAGAGGAAAUAAUGCUCAAGUCAAAGAAUACCAGGACCUCCUUGAACCCAUCAUCUUCCACUCUUAUGAGGGCCAUGCUGUGAUCCCCAAAUACUACUACGUCCCGGCUGACUUUGUGGAGGCGGAGCAGAACAAGCAUGGAAGCCAGAAGCGUUUUCCCAGCAACUCUGGCCGUGAUGGGCUGUUCUUCCUGUGUGGUCAGGCCCUUUACAACAUCGCCAAGCUGCUGGUGGAUGAGCUGAUCAGCCCCAAAGAUAUUGAUCCCAUCCACCGCUAUGUUCCCCGCCAGGACCAGCGCAACGUCAGCAUGCGAUACUCCAAUCAGGGUCCCAUAGAGAAUGAUGUUGUGAUUCACGUGGCCCUGAUCGCAGAGAGCCAGAGACUUCAGGUGUUUUUGAACACCUAUGGUAUUCAGACCCAGACGCCCCAGCAGGUGGAGCCCAUCCAGAUCUGGCCUCAGAAGGAACUGGUUAAGGCCUACCGUUUCCUUGCCGUCAAUAAGAAGCUGGGGUUGAGUGGGCGCCCAGAGAGGCCAGUUGGCUGCAUUGGGACCUGCAAGAUUUAUCGCAUCCUGGGGAAGACGGUGGUGUGCUACCCAAUAGUGUUUGAUCUAAGUGACUUUUACUUGUCCCAAGAUGUUAUGCUGCUGAUUGAUGACAUUAAGAACGCCCUGCAGUUCAUCAAACAGUGCUGGAAGAUGCAGGGACGUCCUCUCUUCCUGGUUCUCAUCCGCGAGGAUAACAUCAAGGGAAGCCGCUUCAAUCCAGUCCUGGACAUGCUGGCCUCGUUCAAGAAAGGCAACAUCGGAGGGGUCAAAGUUCAUGUUGACAGACUUCAGACGCUGAUAUCUGGAGCAGUAGUGGAACAGUUGGACUUCCUUCGUGUCAACGAGGCAGAGAUCCCAGAGUUCAAGAGCUUCGAGGAGCUGGAGCUGCCGAAGCACUCCAAGGUGAAGAGACAGACAAGCACGCCCAACGCCUCGGACCUGGAGCAGCAGCCAGAGAUCAAUGUGGACGAGUGGCUGCAGAAGCCCACCCAUGAGAUCAUCCAGAAGUUCCAUGACUGUGACUGCUUGGCCAGUCAGGCUCAACUUGCAAGCAUCCUGCUCAGGAGAGAGGGACCGGACUUCCUUGCCAAAGAUGAGAACAUGAUGGAUGAACUGGAGAGAAUCUACAGAAGAGCUGGCAGCAGAAAGCUUUGGUCUGUUGUCCGUCUUGCUGCCAGUCUCUUAACUAAGCUAGUGGACAGCCUUGCCCCCAGUAUUACUAGUGUUUUAGUGCAUGGCAAGCAGGUGACUCUCGGCCUAUUCGGGCAAGAGGAGGAGGUGAUCUCCAACCCUCUGUCGCCAGGGGUGAUCCAGGGCAUUAUUUACAGCAAGUGCUCCCCUCACGGUGGGGAACGAGAGGCUGUUCUUCAGCAGGAGCUGGUCAUCCAUAUCGGAUGGAUUAUCUCCAACAACCCAGAGCUGUUCAGCGGCAUGAUCAAGAUCAGAGUCGGAUGGAUUGUCCAGGCAAUGAAACAUGAGCUGAAGAUCAGGGCGGGAGACAUGCCACCCCAGGACAUCUACCAGCUGUCCCCAGGUGACAUCAAGCAGCUUCUGCUGGACGUGCUGCAGCCUCAACACACUGGCAGGUCUUGGCUGAACAGGCGUCAGAUUGAUGGCUCUCUGAACAGAACCCCUCUGGGCUUUUAUGAUCGUGUGUGGCAGAUCCUGGAGAGGACCCCCAACGGCUUUAUGGUGGCUGGAACUCACCUCCCACAGCAACCGACACUGUCUGACAUGACCAUGUAUGAGAUGAACUUCUCCCUGCUGGUGGAGGACACGCUGAAGAACAUUGUCCUGCCUGAGUACAGACAAAUCAUAGUAGAGUUGCUGAUGGUGGUGUCCAUAGUGCUGGAGAGAAACCCGGAGCUGGAGUUCACCGACAAGGUGGAUCUGGACCGUCUGGUGAAGGAAGCCUUCAGUGAUUUCCAGAAGGACCGCAGUCAUUUUGAAGGCAUGGAGAAACAGGAUGACAUGGAGGCUUUCUACAACACACCACCAGUGGGAAAAAGAGGCACCUCUAGCUACCUGACCAAGGCUGUUAUGAUCCUGUUGCUGCAAGGCGAUGUCAAGCCCUGCAAGGACGACCCGUGCUCCGUUAGCUAGAUUUACAGCGCUUUGACCCCUAAUCCUGACCCGCUGCAGUGUAGUCAUGAAAUGGUCUACUGAGUAUCCAUCACAUAUAUUCAGAAGGUAACCUCUAACCUCUCCAGUCCUCCCUGUGGCAGCACUCUGCCCACUCCUGCAAGCUACAUUUUAGCUGGACUUUUGCCUCAACAGCAGUAGAAGCUGUGAGCAGAAGCCUCGGUUGGUGUAGAUUAGCAUGUUUGCUCCAGGCUUUAAAAUACAUCCACCAGUCAUGUUUAAUAUAAAAAGUAAAAUGCAAUAUUUCUUUUACCUCUAGACAGUUUUGUUCAGUAACAUUUUAAUAGAGUUACCUCGUAAAACUGUAGCUGUUUAUUAGUAUUGGUAGCUAGUCAUGUGAAAUGCCACACAACUAGCUAAUGUUGCCACAUACUGUACUGCACUUGACUGAGCAGAUUUGUUAUCCUCUACCUGGAUGCCGUAGAUUAUGAUGUCUGCGUUUUGUUUAAAGGGUUGACAUUGUAUACACACACCAGUUGUGCUGAACUCACGACUGUAGCACUUAGGACCUUCUCUAAUCUUUAUACAUCUUUUUAUAGCCAGAGUUUAGUCUCCCAGCUGUGUUGUGUAUUCAAAUGAACAUUUUAAUUGUGUUAUUAAUUACUGUACCUAGCCAACUGUUAUUUUGCUCUUUCUCCAUUAAUACAGAUUUUUAUUGAAAUACAAAGUAAUUGAAAAAAAAAAUACAAAAGUGAUAAUAGUUUUGGGUUAUCUUAAGGCCCAGACACACCAAACUGACAUCAAACACCUAAGGGCGACAAAAGCCAUCUUUGGUGUCAUGUCACCUGUGUCUUUGCCAAAAAGUUGCACUUGAACAUACCACAAAGAAAGUGGAAGUAAAGCUCAAAAGAAAGCAAUUCUCCAUGCUAGCAAAUGGCAAUUGUCUGUAUUACUUAAAUCAAAAAGGGAUAUCGGAAGAUCGUCGCGAUGCUAGUUCGCCAGUUAGCACAUCACAGUCUAACCAUCAAAGAACAUGUAUUUCUUGUGCUAGUGAACGAUAACACAGUCCAUCGUGAACUUUUUCUCCUAAAGAGCUCAAUGUCUAAAAAAAAAUUCAUACUUUAAAGAGCAAUUUUUUUUUUAACUCACUCCCAGAUAAAUUAAGCCGUUUUUUACUUUCCUCAUUUCUGUCUCUCUUGUGUACUGAGGUGAAUCCCACUAUGUGAUUUCAGAGUGUCAAAAAAACCCUGACUAGGGCCAACAGGGGCCAAUGGUGUGGUGCAAGUAGGGCAGCAGACACUCACUGUCGGCCUAACAUUGACCCACGGCUUACUGUCAGCUUGGUGUGUCAGGGCCUUUAGCUUAACUUAGCAUAAAAACAAAACCACAAACAUGGGGAAACAGCUAGCCUGGCUCUGUUCUAAAGUAUGCUCUAUCAGUCCUCUUAUUUAAUUAUUUUGAAUCAGUGGAUAUCAAAAACUUCUGAACUAUUUUUUUAAUUUUUGGUUUUGCUCAAAAACUCAAUCUGAAUGUUUUCACUCUGACUUUCAAGUACUUUAAAAUAAUAAAGGGAGAACCAUGAGCUCAGAUGUAAGCUAUACUUCCCCAGCAAUAGCCCAUAGCUGUUACACAGCAAUUAGUGCAAGGUCAUGUUGUAUCAUAAGAGGUGUGGUUGUUAAAUUGAUCCAUUUGGCUCCCAGGGGCCUUAAAAAGGUGCGCAUAGUCACAUAAAGUCAGCCUUUAUUUCAUAUAUGAAUCUCAUCAAAUUACAACUUAAUGCGGUUAUCCUUAUUUAAACUGUCAGUGUGUGUUUGGCAUUAGAAGGUCUGAGAAUUUGAGAUUUCAUAGUGAAUCACAGUAUAUUCAGCUGAAGUUUGGUGUUUGUUGUUGAGUUUCUCUUAGUGGGACACUGUGUCCUCUUACCUCUAUGCAUGCACAGUUUGCCGCAUGACAGUAGGUGCUGUUUGCCAUAACCAUUGUGACGGUUUUUCUGAAUGUUUUAGGCUACAAAAUAAAGUUUCAGAGAGGCCUGUUUUGCACUAUGGGGCUUUGCAUGAUAAUGACUACUGCUCAUCUGAUGUCCUGGGACUGACGACCCUUUAGAAACCGCUGUUUUGAUGAAUGUGCGGCAACAGGAAAGACUGCUGUCAUCCUUAGGUGGAAAUGAUAAGAUUCACUUUGACUUAUUUAAAAGCGUGCCUCUCUGAAUAUCAUCACUGUGAUGAAUCCGCCCAACCUUGUCACUGUGUGUGUGUGUUGUUUACCGUUGUUCAAAAGAAGUAUUUUUAACUCAAACUGUAGUUUCAAAGAAUAAAGUUAUGAUGGAAACUAUAAA